AUGCCGGGGCUGGGGAAGGAGCACGUGAAGGUGUGGGCCGAGCCGAACGGCCUGGUGAUCAAGGGCGAGGGCGAGAAGGAGCCCUGGGACGGCGACGACGACUCCGCGAUGCCGAGGUACAGCCGCCGCAUCAAGGUGCCCGCCGACGCGUUCAAGAUGGACAAGAUCAAGGCCGAGAUGAAGAACGGCGUGCUCAGGGUGACCGUGCCCAGGCUGAAGGAGGAGGAGCGCAAGGACGUGUUCCAGGUGAAGAUCGAGUAG